AUGGCGGAGGAAAAGGGCACGUCUGAACUCAAAACAACUCUGGCUCAUGAGUCAGCUCAUGAGGCCGCCAGCCGUGGUCAGGUUGCAACGGACCAAUACGGUCGAGCUUUGGUCGAAUUCGACCCUGCGGCGGAAUCUCGCCUUCGACUGAAGAUUGAUCUGUACAUCGUUCCUACUGUCUCACUUCUUUAUCUGUUUUGCUUCAUUGACCGAGCAAAUGUCGGUAAUGCCAAGCUCGCCGGGCUGGAGAAAGACCUUGGCAUGAAGGGUUACGACUACAAUUCCCUCUUAUCCAUCUUCUACAUCAGCUACAUUAUCUUCGAAAUUCCUUGCAAUAUUGCCUGCAAGUGGAUUGGCCCGGGCUGGUUCCUCCCCGCCAUCACGCUGGGCUUUGGCAUCUGCUCGCUUGGCACGGCAUUUGUCCACAAUAUCCACGCCGCGUCAGGAGUCAGAUUCUUGCUUGGCGUCUUUGAAGCAGGUAUGAUGCCCGGAAUCGCUUACUAUCUGUCUCGGUGGUACCGUCGCAGUGAACUUGCCUUCCGCCUGUCGCUUUACAUUGUCAUGGCGCCGCUGGCCGGCGCGUUUGGUGGUCUGCUGGCUUCGGGCAUCCUGUCACUGGAUCAUUUCGGUGGCCUGCACACGUGGCGCAUGAUUUUUGCUAUCGAAGGCAUCAUUACCAUCGGUCUAGCGUUGAUCUCAUUCUUUACUCUUACCGACCGGCCUGAGACUGCUCGCUGGCUGACGCAGGAAGAGAAGGACCUGGCGAUCGCUCGAGUCAAGUCCGAGCGGGUCGGAACCACGGAGGUGCUGGACAAGAUUGAUAAAGCUAAAACGCUCCGGGGUAUCUUCAGCCCCGUGACCCUCGCCACCUCUUUCAUCUUCCUCCUCAACAAUAUCACGGUCCAAGGCCUAGCCUUCUUCGCUCCCACGAUUGUCAGGACCAUCUAUCCACACAGCACCGUGGUGGCCCAGCAGCUGCACACUGUCCCCCCGUAUGUCGUCGGAGCGUUCUUCACUGUGUUGUUCCCGUUCCUCAGCUGGCGAUUUGACCGACGCAUGAUCUUCUUCGUGAUUGGGCCCCCUCUGAUGAUGACGGGAUACAUCAUGUUCCUCGCCAGCACUGACGCGAUGGUCCGCUAUGGCGCGACGUUUUUGAUUGCUAGCGGAGCAUUCGCUUUUGGUGCUCUGUGCAAUGCGAAUUCAUCCAACAACGUGGUGUCCGAUACUGCGCGGUCCUCGGCCAUCGGAACCACGGUGAUGAUGGGUAACAUUGGUGGCUUGAUCUCGACAUGGUCCUUUCUGCCCUUUGAUGCCCCUAAUUAUCACAUUGGCAACGGUCUCAACCUGGCGACCUCCUCCAUGACGAUGAUUCUCGGAGCAUUGCUCUGGGGUUGGAUGCGGUGGGAUAACAAGAGACGCGAGAAGGUAGACGUUGAUCAGGCUCUGGCUGGCCUGUCGCUGAGGCAGAUCCAGGAUCUCGACUGGCGCAAUCCUGCUUUCCGCUGGCGUGACUAA